UUGAAAAUUAAUUUCUCAAAUAAGUCAUGAGUUACAGAAAUGUCUAUCCAUUACUACCAAAGUUCUCAAAAUGGAAACUAAAAAGCAAUCUGCAUAUGCAUUUUCUGAAAAACGUAAUCAAUAAACUAAUCCAGCUCAACCGUUGAAUCAGUUGUCACCACCGGCAUGAUAUUACAUCAGCAAUUGGUCAAUGGUCUCAGCUUUAAGAGUCAACGAUUGAAAUUUUGGAUCCAGGAGCAGAGAAGAGAUGCAUUCCUCCCUCUUUUGCUUUAGCAACCCAAAAAUUAAGCAGAAAAGCUCAUUCCUUUCGUCAAACUAGAGAUAUCCACUUGGCGAAACUACAAAGAGAUUCACACUUGAAGUCAUAUGGAAGAAUCCCAAAUAGAAAACACCCCAAAAAAGGGUUUCUUCUUAGAUUUUAUGUUAAAGGCAGUGCACUGGUUAAGAAUGCUCAUUGACGAGUUGCAUUGGAGCUUUGUUCUAGGGGUGGUGAUCGUUUAUGGAAUAAGCCAGGGAUUUGGUGUGGGAUUGAGCAAAGUCAGCACUCAAUACUACAUGAAGGAUGAGCAGAAGGUGCAACCCUCUGAAGCACAGGUCUAUUCUGGGUUGCUUCAAUUCCCUUGGAUUGUGAAGCCUUUAUGGGGUCUCCUUACUGAUACUCUUCCUAUUCUUGGGUAUCGCAGGCGGCCUUAUUUUGUUUUUGCAGGUGUUCUUAGCAUGGUCGCCAUGCUUGUGCUAUCAUUAAAGAAGAACUUGCAUCUCGCAUUUGCUUUGCUGUCUCUAAUGGCUGGAAGUGCUGGAAUAGCUAUAGCAGAUGUGACCAUUGAUGCCUGUGUGACACAAAACAGCAUAAGCCAUCCUUCUCUAGCUGGUGAUAUGCAAAGCUUAUGUGGUCUCAGCUCUUCCAUUGGGGCGCUCCUGGGAUUCUCACUCAGUGGCCUUUUGGUUCGCAUAGUUGGCCCUAAGGGUGUCUUUGGGAUGCUAAGUAUCCCAGCAGGCCUGGUGCUUUUGGUGGGAAUAAUGCUGCGAGAAUUCCAUGGGCAUAAAUUUGCCUAUAGAGGGGCAAGUGAGAAGUUUAUGGAUGCUGGUAGGGCUAUGUGGACAACACUCAAAUGCCGGAAUGUAUGGAGGCCAUGCUUAUACAUGUACUUGUCACUUGCAAUGAGCUUACAUAUUCAUGAAGGAAUGUUCUAUUGGUAUACAGAUGCUAAAGGAGGUCCAUCUUUUUCAAAGGAGGUUGUUGGGUCCAUAUUCUCAGUAGGUGCAGUAGGCUCCCUCUGUGGUGUGCUUAUCUACCAAAAUUUGUUAAAGAACCAACCUUUUCGAGAUAUACUUUUCUGGGCUCAGUUGCUGUAUAGUUUAUCAGGAUUGUUAGAUAUGAUACUGGUAUUGCGUGUGAACUUGAGAAUGGGUUUACCAGAUUAUUUAUUUGUUGUGAUAGAUGAAGGCGUUCAUAAAAUGAUUAGUCGCAUUAAGUGGAUGCCUCUUCUCGUGCUUAGUUCCAAGCUGUGCCCUGCAGGUAUAGAGGGCACUUUCUUUGCUUUGCUCAUGUCAAUCGAUCAUGUCGGUAUGCUUUCAUCAACUUGGGCAGGAGGUCUUUUACUCCACAUCUUACAGGUUACACGAACGCAAUUUGACAACCUCUGGAUGGCCAUUUUGAUCAGGAGCAUGUUGAGAUUGGUUCCGAUUGCCCUGCUGUUUCUGAUACCCAGAAGUGAUCCCAAUUCGUCAAUUCUUCCAGAGGAAAUGUUGAACACCAAAAAAGGCAAUGAUAUGCUCGAAACUGGAAAUCUUGAAAUGGCCUCCCUUGUUGAUAGUCCUUGAAUAAAGGAAUAGUUUCUGCAUUAUGAAAGUCCCCAGCCAUCUAAGCAGACAUUCCUGUUGGUGAACUUGCUUGAGGUUGCAUGAUCCAUCCACUAGUAACUGAAAAUUCACAUGAAACAGUUUAAGCUUUGGAAGGUAAAGUUACUUCAGACUAUGAUUUUUUUCUGCUCCACACAAUCAACAGGGUAUAGUGUUUUGUCAACAUUAUGAGAGACUGUUUGCGGCCAUUUCUUUCAAAUCUGAGCAUCAAGCAGCUAAUUUUGAACACGACUAUAUAAUAUUUCCGGUGGGCAAUACUUUAGAUUAGAGAUGAUUAAAACACUGUAACCAAAUGAAGCAGAAGCACAGAUAUUCCUGGACAUUAUUAAAGGGAUACCCCCAACACGGAAAAUAUCUAUAUGGCCCAUUUAUCUUUGUUUUGUUUGGAUAUGUUUACAGAUAUUAAUAGGCUCUCUCUUUUCAAAUACUAUAAUUUUGUUGAAAAAGUCUGUGGCAUCUAAUUUGUCUUGAAUGCAGUUGAAUAAUUGUGCA